UACUUGGAACCAUACUAUUUUUUUAUUCCCACUAAAAAGUGAGAGUAUGGGGGUGUUUGAUUUGAGGAAUGGGAUGUCCAUCUUCUUCUCACUCUUUUUUUUUUUGGUUUGUGGAAUGGAAUGAGUUGAUCUCUCACUGCAUUGCUCACAAGCUAAUAAUUAGUAUAAAUAUGAGGUGCCAUCCCACCAAAAUUCAUGGGAUGGACUCAUGAUGCAGCACCAUCUUGGAUGAGGUGAUUCCUCAAACCAAACACCCUAGACAUGGAGAAGGAUAUUGGAAAUUUGCUGCUUGUUCUUUUUGUACACACGGUUCAAGGCUAUAAGGCCUGUUAAGACGAUAAAAAAUUCCUAAAUGCUUCGCAUACUCAAAACAUGAGUUAGCAAACUAUAGUAAAUGGCCAAAUAAUACAUGUGCAAUUGCUAAAAUUGAUCGAUCUAUUAAUUAGCUGAAGUAUGUUGAAAUUAAAUGGUGUCAAUAUUUAUACAGUCAGUCCUUGCAUUAUAUGGAGUGAAAUAGUGUGCUUGGCCAAAAACUUGUGAAACUAAGUAAUAGUGAGAUACCUGUCAUUGUAAUGGUUUCCUGAAAGAAAUCGUAAUGUGGAGCAGUUUACAGCAAUUUGUGGCUGUUGAGUACGCUACAUAUUUUAGUUAGUCAUUAUACGAAAACUGUACUAGUCCUGAUAGUAUUUUGCUGUUAUAGUCCAGAAAUACUGCAAUCAAGUUUCAACUAACUGUUAUAUCCAAACCUGAAAGAAAGGUACUUCACUGAGUGUUACAGUCUUGUUAGCCACUGGGAUGUUCAGUUCCUGGGCUUGGAUUUGUUUUUCUUUUUCGACUGUACCUGAGCAUGUAUUUCAUUAAGAGGAAGAGAAUUACAGCGACGCAACUUCAGGAGAACCCCUGAAGUGCAAGGUUACAAGGCCGCCACAUAGACAGUGGUGCACAACAGACAACAUGGCACAACAGCAUUAAACAAGAAAUAAACCCACAAACACCACCCACAUGGACACAAUCUAUUUACACCCUGGGCUUGGAUUUGGAACCUUGAAUAAGCUCACCAAAGAAAACUCAACGAAUUUCAUUGUAACUUGAUUAUACAAAUAUUUAAUUUCAAGUUGGGGUGUUUAGGCUUUAUAAAAAACCAAGGAAUAAAUUCUCCUUCAAUUGAAAAAUGCAUUUUUUUCUUUUGUUACUUUAUCCAAGCUGCCCAGAUAUCAUAGUUGAGUUUUGUAUUGCUUCUACUGUGCAUGUGCACAGAUGAAGUGCUGUUAUUCCAUUGCUAUUUGCUUGUUACAUUGUGUCAUACAGGAUCUGAAAAUGCAACAGCAUUUAUCACAAUGUUCACUAAGUGGAAGGAAUCUGCAUUUCAUCAGUCAAUUGCAAUGGUGCACAACACAAUACCGCGUUCACUUUAGAUUAUCUGUUACCAAAUUAUAACAUGUAAAAUAUUAUCUUGGGGAUGUGAAAUUUGAUUGAUUAUGCAACAAUUUGGAACAGUGAAAAAUUCAUUCCAUGAUUUUGUUUAGAACAGGAAUGCAUCUGCUGAAAUAUGGAUAAAACUAGAGAAUUUGUAUAACGGAGAGUGAAAAUGAGGUGGAAUAAGCUGACUUGUUAGUGAACUCUUCUUGACCGUGGGUGGAGGAGAUCUGGUUGUUUUCUCUACAAACCUGAGAUGGAACGAACAUGCUGUCCCUCAUAUACGAUACGCUUGAAGGCAAAUGAUUUCAUUUGUUCAAAAGAGCAUGGUCGUGUGCUUAAAAAGAUGCAAAGGUUCCUUGAUGGUGAACUUGAUCCCCAGGUUGGAAGUCCACAAUGUAAGGCAAGCCCUACAAAACGUUCACUCAGUGAACCUUUGAACUCACCUAUCUCAAAAGUAUCUAAGGUAUCAGCAAAUGAGUUUCAAGCAGCCACAUGCCCAAAUUUCUUGAAAGAAGAUGAGUUCAUCAGUUGUUUGUCAAGCAAAAUCAAUGAGGCAAUUGAUACAUACUUCCAAGGGGUGGUAUUAGGUUCUACUGUUCAACUCCCCAAAGCUGUUGUGAAGACUGUUAAACCUCAGGUCAAGAAGAAAGUAGGAGAAGCAAUGCAAGAAAAUAAAGCAGGAGUGCAAGAUUUGGUGUACACAUGUAAUAUAAGUUUCCAGAUAGUGGCAGCAGUCAGACGUGCAUUGCCUAAAGAAAAAAGUGCUAAUCAAACUGAAGUACUAGCAGAUCUUUCUCCAAAUUCUGUCGCAGAAAAGCUGGUCACGACAAUGGGACAUCUUGGAGAACUAGCUGGUUUUGAAGUAAAAGCUUGUAAUGGCCAUCUUAAUUUCUAUUCGUCUGCCAAUUCGGCAAUGCAGAACUAUACCGGUGAUGCUGUACCUGCUCAAGCUUCAGAUAAAGCUAGCAGGUCAAAGCAAGGCUCUGUGAACAAAAUUUCUGCAAAGCAUCCUCAGAAAAGGAAAAGCCUGGAGAUUAGGAUGAGCACAUCUCAUUUUGACCCAGAGGAGUUUGCUUUGUACCGAAAGUAUCAGACAAAGGUGCAUAAGGAGAAUACAGUUACGGAAAGCUCAUACAGGAGAUUUCUAGUAGAUACACCAAUUGUGUUUGUACCCCCAAAGAGUGGUGAUAAUACAGUUCCACCAUGUGGGUUUGGGUCUUUUCAUCAGCAGUACAGGAUUGAUGGAAAACUUGUGGCUGUUGGUGUAGUUGAUAUACUUCCUAAAUGUUUGUCAAGCAAGUACUUGUUCUGGGAUCCUGACCUUGCUUUCCUAUCACUUGGAAAGUAUACAGCUCUGAAGGAGAUAGAUUGGGUCAAGACAGCACAGGAACACUGUCCCAGCCUCCAGUACUACUAUCUUGGUUACUAUAUACAUUCUUGCAAUAAGAUGAGAUACAAAGCUGCAUAUCGACCAUCAGAACUUCUGUGUCCAGUCCGUUACGAGUGGAUUCACUACGAUUUAGCCAAGCCUCUACUGGAUAGGAGUCAAUAUUCCAUUCUGUCUGAUUAUGCUACAAUGCAAGAUGAAACCCCCCAGCUUCAGAUUUGUGGCCCUUCAGAUGACUCUUCAGCAAAAGUUGACCACCACGAGUCUCCCAGCGACGAGGAUGACGAAGAUGUAAACGACUAUGAAUCAGAAAUGAUGAUUGACGAAGAGUUAGUUGAUUCAGAAAAAGCCGAUACAACUGAGUGUGGUUCCAGCAUAAAGGACAUUGAAAAUAUCACCCUAGACCUCAAUGGUUCUAAAGUUAAAUAUAAGGUACAUACACAUAAUCUGACCUCAAAUAUGAAAGAUGAAAAUGGUCCUAGGCGCUCUGCGCACAGAAAUGGGGACAUGUCGGCAGCAGGCACUGAUUUUGCGUUUGUAGUCUUCAUCAGGAAAUUAGCCAGGACCUUCAGCAAGUGUUUGGGGCAAUCGAGAGGCGACACCUCAAUGCGCUAGAAGGGCAACUGAGCAGAUACGCCAAAGUUGUUGGGAAGGAGCUAUCUGAUCGGAUGGUAUAUUGCCUGUCUUGAUACGCAGCCGCCUGUGUCCGAGGGCUCAGUUGUGCUAUGCCUAUGAUUGAAAGGUGACCGUCUCGUUUAUUCAGAAAGAAAGGGUCCAACUCGGUUACUGUCGCAUGUUUAUGCCCGUCGAUUUUUUGGUUGUAAAAGAUACGAAGAGCCCAAGGUCUAAUAGGGUGGCACGACACAUUGUCUGGUCGAUUCUGUGUACGCUUGUGUACUGGCAGUCUAAGCCUCCUGUGCUGAAUCAGCACGGUCUACGCUGAAGAGGAAAUUGGCGAUUCGAUUCGAUUUAA